GAACUAUAUGAUAUAGACUGAAUAGAGAUACUAACAUGUCCACAUUCAUUCUUUCUUCAUGUGUAUAAAAACCAAGCAUGGCACUACCAAAUUAUUGGAAUAUCAAACUUCCACUGAGAUUGCUUAAGAUAAGGAUAGUAUCUAAUUGAUCUCACGUAGAAAAUAUGGAAUGGAAGAAGUGUUAUUUGGAUGUAAUAUUGGUUCCAUUGGCAAUUCUAUUAAGCAUUGGUUACCAUGUUUGGUUGUGGUAUAAUGUUAGAACUCACCCACAUACAACUAUCAUUGCCAUCAAUGCUAAUGGUAGAAGAAAUUGGGUUGCGGCUAUGAUGAAGGAUAACGAGAAGAAAAACAUCCUAGCUGUUCAAACACUAAGGAACACACUAAUGGGUUCAACCCUAAUGGCCACAACCUCCAUUCUCCUCUGUUCAGGCUUAGCAGCAAUCAUAAGCAGCACCUACAGCGUCAAAAAGCCACUCAACGACACAGUUUAUGGAGCACAUGGAGAGUUCAUGGAAGCACUUAAAUACGUCACACUUCUAACUAUUUUCCUAUUCUCAUUCUUCUGUCAUUCUCUAUCCAUAAGGUUCAUAAACCAAGUGAAUAUCCUAAUCAACACACCGCAGGAUUCAAUGUCUUUGGUGACACCAUCUUACGUUAGUGAGAUGUUGGAGAGAGGUUUCACCUUAAACACUGUUGGAAAUAGACUCUUCUAUUCAGCACUUCCUAUAUUGUUGUGGAUUUUUGGACCGGUUUUGGUGUUCCUGUGCUCUCUUACUAUGGUUCCUUUGCUUUAUAACCUUGACUUUGUGCUUACCAAGGGAAAGAUGGAUCCAAAUGAGAAUAGGGAUUUUGUUUAAUUCCUUAGUAAUGUGUUUUUAACUUUUAUGUAAUGAUGAUUGGAAAGUUUGGUGUAUGUCAUCUUCUCAGGGUAAGCAUGUAACAGUAUUUUAGAGGAGAAUUUGAUUGUGUUCAAUAAUCUAACACCAUGAGCAUGAUUGCAAAUUUGAUUUAUGCACUUUUGGCGUUUCUAA